AUGAAUUCAGGUGUUGAUUCAAAGAUCAUCUAUAGGGGUGAAAUGAAAAAUGGUAAAAGAGAAAAUAGAUGGGAUAUUUUUUAUGAAGAGAAACAGAUGUAAGAAAAGAUAGCUUGAGCGUUUUUUAGCGGUGGUGGAUCCUAUGAUGAAGAAGGAGAUAAGAAUGGAAAGUGGAUUGAUAUUAGUGAUUUGUUUUCAGUUAAUUCAUAAGUGAUUUAUGAUGGUGAAUAUAAAAAUGGGAAAAAGAUUGGUAGAUGGGAUAUUUUAUAUAGAAUGAAUGCGUUUCAAUAAUUUAAAUAGAUGUAAUCAAUAUUAUUAAUAGAAAAUUUUUUUAGUGGCGGUGGAUCCUAUGAUGAAGCAGGUGAUAAGAAUGAAAAGUGGAUUGAUAUUAGUGACCUGUUUUUAGUGAUUAAAUAAGUGACUUAUAAUGGUGAAUAUAAAAAUGGGAAAAAGAUUGGUAGAUGGGAUAUUUGGUUUAAAGAUUUUGGGAAUGCUAAACAAAAUAAUAAAGUGUAAAUAUAUCAUUUCAUCUUUUAUCUUUUAGUGGCGGGGGAUCAUAUGAUGAAGAAGGUAAAGGCACAAAGGUUGGGAAAUGGAUAGACUUCGAUGAUAAAUUUGAGAAUAAAAUAUUAAUCCAGUAUAUUGGAACAUAUGAGAAUGGUUAAAAAGUUGGAAGCUGGAAUAUUGUAUGGUAUGAGAAAUUUUAGAUGUAAUGAUUAUUAUAUAAUGUACUAUUUUUUUUAGCGGAGGGGGAUCAUAUGAUGAAGAAGGUAAAGGCACAAAGGUUGGGAAAUGGAUAGACUUCGAUGAUAAAUUUGAGAAUAAAAAAUAAAUACUGUAUAUUGGAACAUAUGAGAAUGGUUAAAGAGUUGGAAGCUGGAAAAUUUUUUGGUGUGGUGGGUAAUAGAUGUAUUAAGUUUUAUAAAUAUUGCAAACUUUUUAUAGUGGGGGCGGAUCAUAUGAUGAAAAAGGUUUAGGUAUAAAGGUUGGAUCAUGGAUUGAUUUAGAUGAUGGUUUCGACUAAUCAAAAUAGGUUACAUACAAUGGUGAAUAUCAAAAUGGUAAAAAAAUUGGUAGGUGGAAUAUAAAUUGGAGUAAAGGAUAAUAAAUGUAAUAAAGAUUAUAUAAAGUCUAACAUAUUUAGUGGUGGUGGAGUUUAUGAUGAAGGAGGUGAUGAAAUAAAAAUUGGUUUGUGGAUAGAAAUAGAUGAUAAAUUUAGCCUGUAACAGUAACUCACAUACAUUGGUGAAUAUAAAAAUGGGAAAAAAGUUGGUUUUUGGGAUAUUUAUUUUAAAGAAUAUGGGAAUGAUAAAUAAAAUAAUAAAAUGUAAAUAUAUCAAUUAAUCUUGUAGUGGUGGAGGAUCUUUUGAUGAUGAAGGUAAUGGCAUAAAAGUUGGGAAAUGGAUUGAUUUAAAUUUAAAAUUUGAUUAGUGGCAUUAAAUUACUUAUAAGGGCUAAUACUUAAAUGGGCAAAAGAUAGGCUUAUGGAAGACAUGUAGAAGAGAAAAUAACAUAUUGAAAUUAUAGUAUUUAAUUAUUCAUGUUAAUUAGAUGUUGUGUUAAUUAUAAUCAGAAUGGUAAAGAGAUUUUUAGAAGCAGAGAGUAUUUCUUGCAGUUUUAUAUUUUAGAGAUUCAAAUUUUAUUCAUAUGGGUGAGUUUAAUAACGGUAAAAAGGUUGGAACAUGGAAGAUUUUGUUUAAAGAGAAUGAUACAUACAAUUAGAUGUAAUGAUUUCAAUAUUAAUUUAAUUAGAGGUGGAGGAUCAUAUGAUUAAGAAGGGCAGGAAUUAAAGAUUGGCGAAUGGAUUGAUGUAGAUUACUAUCUUAAUUGGCGGCCAAAAACUUAUAAAGGCGAAUACAAAAAUGGGAAAAAGGUAGGCUUAUGGAAAACAUUUAAAAAAUAAUAUAAAAAAAUGAUAUUACAGUAUUUAAUAUUUCAUUUUUAAAUAGGGGUUGUGUUAAUUAUGAUUUGAAUGGCCAAGAAAUUUUUAGAAGCGAAGGGUAUAUCUUGUUCUUUUCUUAUCUUAGAGAUUCAAAUUUUAUUGAUAUGGGUGAGUUUAAUAACGGUAAAAAGGUUGGAACAUGGAAGAUUUUGUUUAAAGAGAAUGAUACAUACAAUUAGAUGUAAUGAUUUCAAUAUUAAUUUAAUUAGAGGUGGAGGAUCAUAUGAUUAAGAAGGGCAGGAAUUAAAGAUUGGCGAAUGGAUUGAUGUAGAUUACUAUCUUAAUUGGCGGCCAAAAACUUAUAAAGGCGAAUACAAAAAUGGGAAAAAGGUAGGCUUAUGGAAAACAUUUAAAAAAUAAUAUAAAAAAAUGAUAUUACAGUAUUUAAUAUUUCAUUUUUAAAUAGGGGUUGUGUUAAUUAUGAUUUGAAUGGCCAAGAAAUUUUUAGAAGCGAAGGGUAUAUCUUGUUCUUUUCUUAUCUUAGAGAUUCAAAUUUUAUUGAUAUGGGUGAGUUUAAUAACGGUAAAAAGGUUGGAACAUGGAAGAUUUUGUUUAAAGAGAAUGAUACAUACAAUUAGAUGUAAUGAUUUCAAUAUUAAUUUAAUUAGAGGUGGAGGAUCAUAUGAUUAAGAAGGGCAGGAAUUAAAGAUUGGCGAAUGGAUUGAUGUAGAUUACUAUCUUAAUUGGCGGCCAAAAACUUAUAAAGGCGAAUACAAAAAUGGGAAAAAGGUAGGCUUAUGGAAAACAUUUAAAAAAUAAUAUAAAAAAAUGAUAUUACAGUAUUUAAUAUUUCAUUUUUAAAUAGGGGUUGUGUUAAUUAUGAUUUGAAUGGCCAAGAAAUUUUUAGAAGCGAAGGGUAUAUCUUGUUCUUUUCUUAUCUUAGAGAUUCAAAUUUUAUUGAUAUGGGUGAGUUUAAUAACGGUAAAAAGGUUGGAACAUGGAAGAUUUUGUUUAAAGAGAAUGAUACAUACAAUUAGAUGUAAUGAUUUCAAUAUUAAUUUAAUUAGAGGUGGAGGAUCAUAUGAUUAAGAAGGGCAGGAAUUAAAGAUUGGCGAAUGGAUUGAUGUAGAUUACUAUCUUAAUUGGCGGCCAAAAACUUAUAAAGGCGAAUACAAAAAUGGGAAAAAGGUAGGCUUAUGGAAAACAUUUAAAAAAUAAUAUAAAAAAAUGAUAUUACAGUAUUUAAUAUUUCAUUUUUAAAUAGGGGUUGUGUUAAUUAUGAUUUGAAUGGCCAAGAAAUUUUUAGAAGCGAAGGGUAUAUCUUGUUCUUUUCUUAUCUUAGAGAUUCAAAUUUUAUUGAUAUGGGUGAGUUUAAUAACGGUAAAAAGGUUGGAACAUGGAAGAUUUUGUUUAAAGAGAAUGAUACAUACAAUUAGAUGUAAUGAUUUCAAUAUUAAUUUAAUUAGAGGUGGAGGAUCAUAUGAUUAAGAAGGGCAGGAAUUAAAGAUUGGCGAAUGGAUUGAUGUAGAUUACUAUCUUAAUUGGCGGCCAAAAACUUAUAAAGGCGAAUACAAAAAUGGGAAAAAGGUAGGCUUAUGGAAAACAUUUAAAAAAUAAUAUAAAAAAAUGAUAUUACAGUAUUUAAUAUUUCAUUUUUAAAUAGGGGUUGUGUUAAUUAUGAUUUGAAUGGCCAAGAAAUUUUUAGAAGCGAAGGGUAUAUCUUGUUCUUUUCUUAUCUUAGAGAUUCAAAUUUUAUUGAUAUGGGUGAGUUUAAUAACGGUAAAAAGGUUGGAACAUGGAAGAUUUUGUUUAAAGAGAAUGAUACAUACAAUUAGAUGUAAUGAUUUCAAUAUUAAUUUAAUUAGAGGUGGAGGAUCAUAUGAUUAAGAAGGGCAGGAAUUAAAGAUUGGCGAAUGGAUUGAUGUAGAUUACUAUCUUAAUUGGCGGCCAAAAACUUAUAAAGGCGAAUACAAAAAUGGGAAAAAGGUAGGCUUAUGGAAAACAUUUAAAAAAUAAUAUAAAAAAAUGAUAUUACAGUAUUUAAUAUUUCAUUUUUAAAUAGGGGUUGUGUUAAUUAUGAUUUGAAUGGCCAAGAAAUUUUUAGAAGCGAAGGGUAUAUCUUGUUCUUUUCUUAUCUUAGAGAUUCAAAUUUUAUUGAUAUGGGUGAGUUUAAUAACGGUAAAAAGGUUGGAACAUGGAAGAUUUUGUUUAAAGAGAAUGAUACAUACAAUUAGAUGUAAUGAUUUCAAUAUNCAUUAAAUUACUUAUAAGGGCUAAUACUUAAAUGGGCAAAAGAUAGGCUUAUGGAAGACAUGUAGAAGAGAAAAUAACAUAUUGAAAUUAUAGUAUUUAAUUAUUCAUGUUAAUUAGAUGUUGUGUUAAUUAUAAUCAGAAUGGUAAAGAGAUUUUUAGAAGCAGAGAGUAUUUCUUGCAGUUUUAUAUUUUAGAGAUUCAAAUUUUAUUCAUAUGGGUGAGUUUAAUAACGGUAAAAAGGUUGGAACAUGGAAGAUUUUGUUUAAAGAGAAUGAUACAUACAAUUAGAUGUAAUGAUUUCAAUAUUAAUUUAAUUAGAGGUGGAGGAUCAUAUGAUUAAGAAGGGCAGGAAUUAAAGAUUGGCGAAUGGAUUGAUGUAGAUUACUAUCUUAAUUGGCGGCCAAAAACUUAUAAAGGCGAAUACAAAAAUGGGAAAAAGGUAGGCUUAUGGAAAACAUUUAAAAAAUAAUAUAAAAAAAUGAUAUUACAGUAUUUAAUAUUUCAUUUUUAAAUAGGGGUUGUGUUAAUUAUGAUUUGAAUGGCCAAGAAAUUUUUAGAAGCGAAGGGUAUAUCUUGUUCUUUUCUUAUCUUAGAGAUUCAAAUUUUAUUGAUAUGGGUGAGUUUAAUAACGGUAAAAAGGUUGGAACAUGGAAGAUUUUGUUUAAAGAGUAUGGCACAUACAAUUAGAUGUAAUGAUUUCAAUAUUAAAUUUAAUUAGAGGUGGAGGAUCAUAUGAUUAAGAAGGGCAAGAAUUAAAGAUUGGUGAAUGGAUUGUAUUGGGAGAUCGGUUUGAAAAAGAGAAAUAAGUAACUUUUGUUGGUGAAUAUAAUUAUGGCAAAAAAGUUGGAAGAUGGGAUAUUUGGUUUAAAUAAUAUAGAUAUGGAAGUGAUGGAAAAAAUAAUAAAAUGUAUAUUAAAAGUGAGCAAAUUAUAAUAGUGGUGGUGGGUCAUAUGAUAACGCAGGUAAUGAAGUUAAAAUUGGUAUGUGGAAAGAAUUGGAUGAUAAAUUUGGCUUUUAAAAAGAGAUAUCCUAUAUUGGUGAAUAUAAAAAUGGGAAAAAAGUGGGUGGAUGGGAAAUCACCCUCCUCGAUGAAGUGAUGUAAAAUAUAUCAGUGUAAAAUUUCUUAGUGGUGGUGGAGAAUAUGAUGAGGAUGGCAAUAACAAUAAAAUUGGAUAGUGGAUUGAAAUUUGUGAUUAUUUUUAAUUUCACUGUUAAGUUACAUAUAAUGGAGAAUAUGACAAUUGUAAAAAAAUUGGUAGAUGGAAUAUUAUGUUUAAAGAGAAUGAGAAGGAUAAAUAAAAUAAUAAAAUGUAUAUUAAUAAUGAGCAAAUAAUUUUAGUGGUGGUGGUUCAUAUGAUAACGGAGGUAAUGGAAUAAAAAUUGGUUUGUGGAUAGAAAUAGAUGAUAAAUUUAGCCUGUAACGUUAACUCACAUACAUUGGUGAAUAUUAAAAUGGGAAAAAAGUUGGUUUUUGGGAUAUGUAUUUUAAAGAAUAUGGGAAUGAUAAAUAAAAUAAUAAAAUGUAAAUAUAUCAAUUAAUUUUGUAGUGGUGGAGGAUCUUAUGAUGAUGAAGGUAAUGGCAUAAAGGGUGGGGAAUGGAUUGAUAUAGCUUUCCACUUUGAUUAAAGCCAUUAAAUUACUUAUAAGGGCUAAUACUUAAAUGGGCAAAAGAUAGGCUUAUGGAAGACAUGUAGAAGAGAAAAUAACAUAUUGAAAUUAUAGUAUUUAAUUAUUCAUGUUAAUUAGAUGUUGUGUUAAUUAUAAUCAGAAUGGUAAAGAGAUUUUUAGAAGCAGAGAGUAUUUCUUGCAGUUUUAUAUUUUAGAGAUUCAAAUUUUAUUCAUAUGGGUGAGUUUAAUAACGGUAAAAAGGUUGGAACAUGGAAGAUUUUGUUUAAAGAGAAUGAUACAUACAAUUAGAUGUAAUGAUUUCAAUAUUAAUUUAAUUAGAGGUGGAGGAUCAUAUGAUUAAGAAGGGCAGGAAUUAAAGAUUGGCGAAUGGAUUGAUGUAGAUUACUAUCUUAAUUGGCGGCCAAAAACUUAUAAAGGCGAAUACAAAAAUGGGAAAAAGGUAGGCUUAUGGAAAACAUUUAAAAAAUAAUAUAAAAAAAUGAUAUUACAGUAUUUAAUAUUUCAUUUUUAAAUAGGGGUUGUGUUAAUUAUGAUUUGAAUGGCCAAGAAAUUUUUAGAAGCGAAGGGUAUAUCUUGUUCUUUUCUUAUCUUAGAGAUUCAAAUUUUAUUGAUAUGGGUGAGUUUAAUAACGGUAAAAAGGUUGGAACAUGGAAGAUUUUGUUUAAAGAGUAUGGCACAUACAAUUAGAUGUAAUGAUUUCAAUAUUAAAUUUAAUUAGAGGUGGAGGAUCAUAUGAUUAAGAAGGGCAAGAAUUAAAGAUUGGUGAAUGGAUUGUAUUGGGAGAUCGGUAUGAAAUAGAGAAAUAAGUAACUUUUGUUGGUGAAUAUAAUUAUGGCAAAAAAGUUGGAAGAUGGGAUAUUUGGUUUAAAUAAUAUAGAUAUGGAAGUGAUGGAAAAAAUAAUAAAAUGUAUAUUAAAAGUGAGCAAAUUAUAAUAGUGGUGGUGGGUCAUAUGAUAACGCAGGUAAUGAAGUUAAAAUUGGUAUGUGGAAAGAAUUGGAUGAUAAAUUUGGCUUUUAAAAAGAGAUAUCCUAUAUUGGUGAAUAUAAAAAUGGGAAAAAAGUGGGUGGAUGGGAAAUCACCCUCCUCGAUGAAGUGAUGUAAAAUAUAUCAGUGUAAAAUUUCUUAGUGGUGGUGGAGCAUAUGAUGAGGAUGGCAAUAACAAUAAAAUUGGGUAGUGGAUUGAAUAGGAUUUUGCAUUUAAUAAUCACUAACUACUAUUGUAUAAAGGUGAAUAUAAGAACGGUUAAAAGGUUGGCAGAUGGGAUGUAUUUUUUAGAGAAUAAAAUGAAAAAUCAUUAAAAAAUAUGUAAUAAUCUCAUAAUAAAAUACAUAAUAUUAUUAGUGGGUAUGGGUCCUUUGAUAAAGGAGGAAACGGCAUCAAAAUUGUGAAGUGGUAUUUUUUGGAGAAUGAAAUCAGAACAAGAAAUGUAAUCUCUUAUAAUUGUAUAUAUAAAUAUGAUUAUUAAAAGAAUCAUGGAUGAAACUAGCAGUAGAAAAAUAAAAGGAAUUUUGA